GGGAGGGGGACGCGGAGGCGGCCAUGGCGAAGUUCAGGGAGAGGAGUGUCAUAGAUGAGGGGCUCUGGAGGGAUGUGCUGGGGAUUGAGGCGCCUCUUCCUGUUGGUGGGAGGAGGAGGAGCUGGGCGGCGGCGUGGAGGGAGUAUUGGGCGUUUUAUCGCACGCGCAGGUAUUUCCAUCGCGCGUGGAUCGUGCAGGAGGUGGCCGUUGCCGGGAGGCUGGAGAUGAUGGCGGGCCGGAGGGGGGAGGAGCUCAGGUGGGACGACAUGUACGGGUUUGCCGAGUUCUUGGUGGAGACGGGAUGGUUCACGGAGCUGGAUGACCUGGGAGACUCGUGGUUGGAGGGGCUGGGCAGUAACCCCGGCACGGUGAAGGGGUUCGGCAUCACGGAUAUCGGCACGCUGCAGCGGCAACUUAGGAGCAGGUGGUUCGAGAAGACGGGAUGGCCCAUGUACUGGUGGGAGGUGGUGACGACGGUCAGGAAGCGGGACUGUUUUCUCAAGGAGGACAAGGUGUUCGCCACGGUGGGAACGCUGCAGCAGGUGCUCACGCCCGGCACGCCGCUACCCUUCCCCGUCGACGCGGCCGCCACGCCCCUUCAGGUCUACGUCCACGCCGCCGCUGCCCUGCUCCACCACUGCCCGGAACUGCCCGGCCUCUCCUUCGUCGACCACCAGGACUACUACAGACUGCCCAACCUCCCCUCCUGGGUCCCCGACCUAACCUCGGACAAGUACACCAACCCCAUCGGCACCUUCUUCUCCGGCUUCAAAGCCUGCGUGCUGAACCCCGACACCGUCCCCCCACGACACGUCACCCCGGCAGGGGAACUACACCUCCGCGGGAUCAAACUGGAUACCCUCUCCUUCAAAACGACGCCCUGCGCGCCGCUAAGCACCGACUUCGCCAUCGAGGCGCUGUCCUUCCUGGCUACCAUGCCCACCUUAUACGCGCACGCGAACGGCCGCGACCGGGACGGGGUGCUGACGCCGCUGUUCCGCGAGGCCGCGCUCGUCGACGCGCUCACCUGCUACCAGGCGGCCAACCCGUACCGCGGCGCCGUGGCCGAGACGCAGCGCCUGCUGAAGGGCUGCCGCGCCUGGCUGGUCAUGGCGCUCGGGUCCGUGUACAGCGGCUGUCUGAUGCGCGAGGGCCAGCCGUGGUAUGAUGCCGCGACGCUGGCGGAGUAUAGGGGAAAGUGGGCUAAGGUCGAGGCGCUGAUUCGGGGGAUGGGGGCGCGGGCCCUGGUGCCAUCCGUGGAGGAGAUAAGGGAGUACGGGGAGGAGAUGAUGAGGGCCAGGGCGGCGGACCGGCCGUGGCUGGAGAGGAUCAAGCCGCCGACGGUUUUCAAGUCGCAGAUUGGGUCUAUGAUGUUGAUGCGGUGUCUGUUCAGGACGGUGGAGGGGCGGGUGGGUGUGUGCACCCAGACCUGCGAGCCUGGAGACGAGGUGUGGUUCCUGGAGGGCGGGGCGGUGCCCUAUGUCCUGAGACCGUGCAAGGAGGAGGGCGGGAAGCAGACAUAUAUGUUCCACGGCGAGUGCUGUGUUGUGGGGGCCAUGUAUGGUGAGCUGGUGGAGAGUGGACAUAUCGUACCUGACAAACUGGAAGAUGUGGUGAUAAGGUAAAAUGAGGUGGCACGCUGGGGUCAACGGAAAGCUGUACGGAAUAUGUAGAUCGAUA